AAUAGGAUAUUUUUUCAAAAUUUACCAUGAGUUUCACUAUAAUUUUAAUUUCAGAAUUUUUGAACGGUAUGUCCGCCAUAUUUAUUUCCCGAAUUUGACAGAUUCUUUCUUUUUGAGCACGUUGUAGUAAAAGAACUGCAAUGCAGAUAUUUGUGAAAACCCUCACGGGGAAGACCAUCACCCUUGAGGUGGAGGCUUCAGACACCAUCGAAAAUGUGAAGGCAAAGAUCCAGGAUAAGGAGGGUAUCCCUCCCGAUCAGCAGCGACUGAUCUUCGCCGGCAAACAGCUUGAGGAUGGUCGCACACUAUCAGACUACAACAUCCAGAAGGAGUCUACUCUCCAUUUAGUGUUGAGGCUCCGUGGAGGUACCAUUGAGCCCUCCCUACGUAUUCUGGCUAUGAAGUACAACUGCGACAAGAUGAUCUGCCGCAAGUGCUAUGCUCGCCUGCAUCCCCGUGCGACCAACUGCCGCAAGACCAAGUGUGGCCACACCAACAACCUUCGCCCCAAGAAGAAGCUUAAGGAUUAAACCAUCUAAUUUAGUACUAUCAAUUCCAUCAUUGAAAUGAAAAUACCAUUCUAAAAAUGUAACUGAAACUAAAAUUAUUACAAGUAAUAAUAAAUACAUUUCAAAAA